AUGGACAUCUCGCACUCCUCCGACGAGUCCAAGGUGCUCAUCCUCAACACCGGAGGGACCAUCAACAUGAUAUUCAGUCAGCAGGGAUAUGUCCCAGAGCCCUACUUUCUCACCGAGACGCUUCACAGUCAACACCGCUUCCACGACCCGCUCGAAGAAUCGCUCUUUUCCCACUCAGGGUCGCUUGAAGGAUACAGGCGGUGGACGAACAGCGGGAAAGGCAGUCCAAUGGGAACGCAGUUCGGAAGCCGAGAGCCAUCUCCGAGUCGCGGCGGAGCGCGUGAAGAGCCACCACAGUCCCUCACUCUCCCCGUCCGAUCAUCUCGCCCGAUUGGCCUCCCAGAGCACCUUGCGCCCACCGCAGACAAGCUCUUGCCGCGUCAGCCAAUAUGCAAGAAGCUCUCCGAAGACGUCUACGAGGCUCAGCUGCCCACUCUCGUCACUCCGCGGAGCAGCGGUCCUGGAGGAAACCGCAAGCGGAUCAGGUAUGCUGUUCUCGAGUGGCAUCCCAUGCUAGAUAGCAGCAACAUCGAGAUCCAGGAUUGGAUCCGAAUCGCUUCGGACAUAGAACUCAACUACUCCACGUUCGACGGCUUCGUCAUCCUUCACGGGACGGACACCAUGGCCUACACCUCUUCGGCUCUCAGCUUCAUGCUCGAGGAUCUGGGGAAAACUGUGGUCAUUACGGGCGCACAGAUCCCGAUGUCCCAACUGCGCAAUGACGCCGUCGACAACUUACUCGGAGCUCUCGUCAUCGCCGGACACUACAUCAUCCCGGAGUGCUGUUUGUAUUUCAAUCACACACUCUUCCGCGGCAAUAGAGUCUCGAAGAUGUCUUCGUACGACUUGAACGCAUUCAGCAGCCCCAAUUUUGCGCCUCUCGUAAACGUUGGAAUAGACAUUGUGGUCAACUGGCAGGACGUCAUCCGUCAAACUAAUCUGAGGCGUUUCCGCUCGCACAAACUCAUGAGCCCCCACGUUGCGACACUGCGUCUGUUUCCUGGCAUUACAGGCGCCACCAUCCGCGCAUUCGUAGCUCCGCCCACUCGCGGAGUGGUUCUGGAGACCUUUGGCGCAGGCAACGCUCCGCAACGUGCGGAUCUCGCUGAAGCUCUCAAAGAAGCUUGUGACAAUGGAGUCGUUAUUGUUGCAAUCACGCAGUGCAGCAAGGGUUCCGUUUCUGACGCCUACGAGACCGGACGAAGCCUGCUUCAGGCCGGAGUAGUUCCCGGCGGCGACAUGACGCCAGAAUGCGCGCUCACGAAACUUAGCUACCUCCUCUCCAAACCUGAGCUCUCCGUUGCGCAGGUCCGAGCGCUCAUUGGCACCCCACUGCGCGGCGAACUUACCCUCCCGGAAAGCAAGAUCCCUGCGUCUCUCAGCCAGCCAAUCUCCAUGGCGCAGAGUCUGGACAACAUCCAAGGCCUCCUCUCUCAGGUUGUCCGUCUGUCUUCCUCUUCCUCUGCACGCGCGCCUACCAUCAAAAUCGAAACCGCCGACACGCGCGAAGACGCCGAGGCGGCUGAGCAGGCCGCCGCGCCCUGGUCCUGGACCGCCGCCGAAGCAAUCGCGACUGAGUCCUCGCUCUUCCCUUUCCUCAUCCACCUCGCCGCCGCACGCGACGACCCGGAUGGUGUCGCGUUCUGCCUCGCCGCCGAGCGCGACCGUGCACCCGAGUCCGGUAUGGUGAUCGGCGGCGGGCUCGCGAACUGCGCGGACCCCGCGUCUGGGCGCGCUCCGUUGCACGCCGCGGCGCUCCAGGGCGCGCACAGAGCGGCGGGAAUGCUGCUCGAGGCGGGCGCGCUGGUGCAUGUGCGCGACGCGCUGGGCCACACGCCGCUGUACUACGCGGCGCGCCAGGGGCACGAGGAGCUCGUGGAGCUGCUCGUCAAGACAGGCGCGAACCUCGGCGGGGCGGACCUCGAGGGCGGUUUCGUGAGGCUGGCGGUGAAGAAGGCGGUGCGCGCGAGGGAUGAGGCUGCCCUGCGUGUGUGGAAGAAGGCGGGGAUGGACGUGGAAGCGUGA